AAGACUGACAAACCACAACAGAAGAGAGAUGGCUGAAAGAAGAACCAGUGGAAGCAAAUUCUUUAUGACAGUGGUGCUUAUGGUGACGAUGUGCAGUGCCAUCCCCAUCAGUGACCUGCUAGACCGGGCCUCCCAGCGCUCUGAUAAAAUGCACUCAAUCAGCACUCUACUCAACCAGGAGCUGGACUCUCAUCUCCUUCCAAUAGGCCGGGUCACCAUGCCUCGCCCAGCUUCAUGCCACACAUCCUCACUACAGACUCCUAAUGACAAAAACCAAGCUCUACAAGAAUCUGAGUCAGAUCUAAUGUCUUUGGCUCGCUCCCUGCUCCAAGCCUGGGUGGACCCCCUUGUUGUCCUGUCCCACACUGCUAGCACUCUACCUCACCCAGCCCAAAGUACCAUAAACAACAAGAUCCAGGAGCUGCAGGAGCACUUCAAAAGCCUGGGAGAUGGCUUGGAUAUUCUAUCCAACAGGAUGGGCCCAACUGCUCAGACCAUCUCCUUCUUGCCAUAUAGGGGAGGCACUGAUCUAGGCCAGGACAAGAUAUCCAAACUAGUCAACUUCAACUUCCUGCUGUCCUGCCUCCGCCGGGACUCCCAUAAGAUCGACAGCUUUCUGAAAGUCCUACGCUGUCGGGCAGCAAGGACGCACCCUGACCUGUGCUGAGGCAUUAAGCAUGGGAAAAUUUGCUUGCACUGCAUAGUAGUAACUUUCUUAGAUAUUGUCAUAUUUGCUGAUCAGCAGAGAAUGGAGAUGGGGAAUAGUUACAUAACAUACAAAGAAGAAUAAUAUUUUUUACCUUUUGGGCAUCGCAUCACAGCCACAAAUAUCAAUCUGUCAAAAUAGAUGCUGAGAUUUUAAUAUAAUAAAUAAGAAAUGUAUGGAGGAAGUUUGUUGAGAUGAAUGUUUUAGUAGUAAGCCCAAGUUAGUUCUUUCUCAGAUGGUUCCAGCUGGUCUGGUCUCAGGGACUGACAAAACUCUAGUCAAUUGUGGUAAAUUUGUGAGUAAUGUCUAUUGUGACUCCUCCCUAUCUUCUCCCUCCCCUGAACAGCAUUGUGUCAAUGUCAAGCUGCUAAAUAAGCUUUGCAGAAGUAGUACAGGGUGACUUCUUCAUCCCAGCUAACACAAGUUAUUUGUUGACACACUGCACUUUAGAUUUAAUCUUACUAUGAGUGCAAUGUCAAUUGAUUUAACCAUUUCUUUCAAAUCUGUUUAUCAAUAAAAUACUUUCUU